UGAUCAGUACAAGCAGAUGCAGAAGCAGAUGGAGUUUCUUUCAGCUGAGCUCAAGAGAGUCAAGGCUGAGAAGGGUGGUGCGGCCAAGCCCGACGGAGUGGACACGCAGCCCAAGGACUCCAACGGUAACGAGACGGACUACGCCAAGAGAGCUGCGCUUCAGAAGCGCAUUGAUGUACUCGACCAGUUCAUCAAGCAGACGAAGGAGCUGGACGAGGAUGAUCCCGACUUGCCAGCGGCAAAGAAAAGGUUGGACCAGCUUCGUGAAGAGCAUAGAGCCAUGCGCCCGCCCGUGUCGGCACACAAGGCUGCCUUUCAGAAGCUCGAACGCUGCAAGUCGCAGAAGACGAAGAUGGAGAAUGAGAUAUCGGAACUAUCGGAUUUCAUCAAGCAGCUGGGCUCCAACCUCAUCCUUGCCGAGGACGCCGAGCUUGAGAAGUUGUUCAAGGACCUCAGCGUACACCCGAAGUUCGAGAAGUUCCAGAAGAUCAUUUUCGAGAGCGUUGCCCCUGCAGGGACGGUUGACGACCCCAUG